GAUCCGCCCCUUGACGCUGGAUGCGCUCGCUGGUCCCCUCCGGCUUGCCGUCUUCGCAGCCAUGGCGGCGGCCGUGUUCCCCGCGUGGCUGGCCCUGCAGCCGGGGGCCAGGACCCUGCGUGCCUUCUCCACCGCCGUGUCUCCGGCCACUCGCGUUCCCACACCAAGCCCGCGUACAACAGAAAGAACAUCCAAAUAUGAAAGGCCGCUGAGAAGAAAGGCACUACCUCCUAGGACAGAGAAAAUGGCUGUUGACCAGGACUGGCCUAGUGUUUACCCUGUUGCAGCACCAUUUAAGCCCUCUGCGGUACCUCUUCCUGUUCGAAUGGGUUAUCCAGUAAAAAGCGGGGUGCCCAUGGCAAAGGAGGGAAAUCUAGAACUUUUAAAGAUCCCCAAUUUUCUGCAUUUGACUCCUGUAGCCAUUAAAAAGCACUGUGAAGCUCUUAAAGAGUUCUGCACUGAGUGGCCAGCUGCACUGGACAAUGAUGAGAAAUGCGAGAAGCAUUUUCCAGUUGAAAUUGAAACAGCUGAUUAUGUUUCAGCGGGACCAUCUGUUCGAAACCCCAAAGCACGAGUAGUAACCUUAAGGGUUAAACUUUCCAGUUUGAAUUUAGAUGAUCAUGCAAAGAAGAAACUUAUUAAACUUGUAGGAGAGCGAUACUGCAAGACCACAGAUGUGCUUACCAUCAGAACAGACAGGUGCCCUUUAAAGAGACAGAAUUAUGAUUAUGCAGUGUAUCUGCUAACAGUUUUAUACCAUGAGUCUUGGAAAACCGAAGAAUGGGAGAAAAAUAAGACUGAAGCAGACAUGGAAGAGUAUGUAUGGGAAAAUAGCUCCUCAGAAAAAAAUAUCCUGGAAACACUUCUGCAAAUUAAAGCUGCUGAGAAAAAUCUGGAAGUAAAUAAAGAAGAGCUCCUUGGUACUAAAGAAGUUGAAGAUUACAGAAAGUCUGUUGUUAGUCUUAAGAACGAGGGGGACAAUGAAAGUACCCUUUCUCAAUACAAAGAAUCAGUGAAGAGACUAUUAAAUUUGACGUGAUCUAUUGAGAAAAAUCUGCUUGAUUUAUUCAUUUUGUGAUAUAUAUGUAAUCAUCUAAUUUGUUAUAAAGUUGAAAAUGUUAAAAAAACAUUGUUUUACAUCAGAGUUAAAAUUACUCCUUUCAUACUGUUGCACAAUGGCACUGAUGAUUCAGAAGUUUUCUUAUUUAUACACUGGGGCAAUUAGACUAAUUAGAUCUCUGAUUUCUUCUGGUUCUAUAGUGUUUUGAUUUUAUUUCUGCCAUACAAUGGCAGUAUUCAAAUAUAUACAUAUAUUG